AUGUUUCGCGGUAAAGACAUCACGACAGGAAAAUAUGAUAUUAACAUCUUCUUGGAUGGGGAAGGGACGGCUAAGCUAAGUGGGUUCAACAACUCUGUUUUGAUUCCAGAAGAAGAAAAUUUUGUUGAAGAUUUGGUUGUAGAAGGAACUUUUGGGUACCUUGAUCACAACUAUAUGGCUACAGGGAUAGUGACAGAGAACACUGAUGUCCAUGGCUUUGGAACAUUCAUGUUUACUCUUUUGCCUGCAUUGCAACCAAGUCUUGUUGUCAAACUGUUGAAGAUGGUGGAUUCGUUGGGAUUGUUGAUCCAAAGGUGGAGAGCUGCAAGGAGGAAGAGAUAA